CACGCUGCCGCUGUCCGGGACGCUGCUGGAUGGGCUGAGGCUCCGGGAGUCAGGAGAGGGGCGGGUGGGGAGCCUCAGCCAUUCUCGUGGGGGCCCCUGCGGAGUCCAGUCUCCACCCCAGGGCUUUCUUGCCCAUGGACAAGUUUGUAAGAUCAACCCAACUCACGGGAGCGUCCCAACAGAGUAAACGCCUGGCGGCUGCUCAGCAAAUCCAACGCCUUUCAGCGCACCACGCCUGGGUGCGUGGGGCACCAACAGGAGCCCCCAGCACGGCCAAGCCGCGACAGAGCUGAGUUCUACGGGGGGUCCAGGCUAGGUGCGAGCCCGGCUUGGGCUCGCUGUAUGGCCGAGCCCAGGUUCCCUGCCUGGCGUAGCAGACGGGGGCGGUCCCGGCCCCUCUCUAGGGUCUAGGUCAGCAGGCUCCGCUAAUCAAACCUCUGCGCCAUUCCCGCCCUUCGGCGGGGCGCGGCGCCGAGCAGGGAGGGAGGCGGUCCCUGGCCGCCCGUUGCCGCCCCCCGUUCAGUGCAGCGCCGCCCGCCUGAUCCUCCGAGGGACGCGCAGCGCAGGAGGCCGCGGCCCGAGCAGGAGCCGGGGCUCCGGGCAGCUGCUCUGGCGGGAAUGGCGGGCGGGCCGGGCUGAAAGGAGCGGAGCCGCGUCUCGAGGCCGCCAUGAGGCUGCUGCGGGCUCUGCUGAGAGGCGCCUCCCCAGCCGGCCUCCCGCAGCAGGUGGAUUUCUACGCCCGCUUCUCCCCGUCGCCCCUCUCCAUGAAGCAGUUCCUGGACUUCGGAUCUGAAAAUGCUUGUGAAAAGACUUCGUUUAUGUUUUUGAGACAAGAGUUGCCUGUAAGAUUGGCAAACAUAAUGAAAGAAAUAAGUCUGCUUCCAGACAACCUGCUAAAAACACCUUCAGUUCAGCUGGUGCAGAGCUGGUAUGUCCAGAGUCUUCAGGAAAUCCUUGACUUUAAGGAGAAAAGUGCAGAAGAUUCAGAAGUUAUUCAUAGGUUUACAGAUACUGUGAUAACAAUCCGGAACCGACACAAUGAUGUAAUUCCUACAAUGGCUCAAGGUGUGAUUGAGUACAAGGAAAGCUUUGGUGUUGAUCCAGUGACCUGUCAGAAUGUGCAGUAUUUUUUAGAUCGUUUCUACAUGAGUCGCAUUUCAAUCAGAAUGCUCCUCAAUCAGCACUCUUUGCUGUUUGGUGGAAAAAUUAAAGUUAAUCCAGCUCAUCCAAAACACAUUGGAAGCAUUAAUCCUAACUGCAAUGUUGUUGAAGUUAUUAAAGAUGGCUAUGAAAAUGCUAAGAGACUUUGUGAUUUGUAUUACAUGAGCUCUCCAGAACUUGUGCUUGAAGAGUUGAAUGCAAAAUCAUCAGGACAACCCAUGCAAGUAGUAUAUGUACCAUCCCAUCUCUAUCACAUGGUUUUUGAACUUUUCAAGAAUGCAAUGAGAGCCACAAUGGAACACUAUACUGAUGGAAGCGUUUACCCUCCAAUUCAAGUACAUGCCACAUUAGGCAAUGAGGAUUUAACUGUGAAGAUAAGCGAUCGUGGUGGCGGUGUUCCGAUGAGGAAAAUUGAUGGACUGUUUAACUAUAUGUAUUCAACUGCACCACGUCCCCACAUUGAGACAUCACGAGCAACACCUCUGGCUGGAUUUGGUUAUGGUUUGCCUAUAUCACGUCUGUAUGCACAGUACUUCCAAGGAGAUCUGAAACUGUAUUCCUUAGAGGGGUAUGGUACAGAUGCAGUUAUCUACAUAAAGGCUUUAUCAACAGAAUCAAUCGAAAGGCUCCCUGUGUAUAACAAAUCAGCUUGGAAACAUUAUGUGGAAAACCAUGAAGCAGAUGACUGGUGUGUGCCAAGCAGUGAGCCAAAGGACAUGACCACAUUCCGCAGUAUAUAAUUAAUUGUACAACAGUCCAGAAAAAGUAUAAAAAUACCAGUUAUGGGUCUUCUGAGAACUGUAUUGAAAAUUCAUGAGAAACAGAAGUUGGCAUACUUACUGUGAAAUAGCAGCUUCUGAGGGUUUACAGUAAAGAUUUGCAGGUCUUCCUCUCUCUUUCUGCAGGUAAUGUCCAAAUACCAUUUGUGGGUAGUCAGUGGCUUUGACAUUCUGGUAAAGCCUCGAAUUCUGGGAUCAUAGAUUAGGUAACUACUGUUAAUAUGGAGAAACUCUAUUGCAAAAUCUGCAUCUUUACUGGGCAGAUCAGUGUAAUAGUAGGACAACAGGACCUACCAGUUAACCAGGUGUAUUUAAAGAGUACAAUUAAUGUUAAAAAUCAACUUUAUUUUGCUAUGCUCUUUUUUCCUAUAAUAUUUUAGGUAUAUCUGCUCUCUCUAGUGAGGGAUGCAACAGUGUUGAUAGCUUCAACUUUUCUGCUGACACCAGCUAUUUAAGCCCAUGUAAUACCUCCAGGUCAUGCGUGUACAUCCCACUGAAUUCUCUCAUCCCCAAAAACUUAGAAUGCUGCAGAGAAGCACUUGCAGUCCCAGCACUUAACUCAAAUGACCGAUCCUUAACUGCUGUAUAGAUGAGGGUGAGAGAUAUGCAUGUGCCAGAAAGCGCACACAGUUUCAGCAGUCUAUCAGGUCAAAAUAGAGCAGAGGAUGGCGAGACUUACACAGGUCUGCUUGAUCACAACCCUGUGAUUUCUUAUUAUUGAAUAGAUAAGGAAAGAAGCUGGAACGGUAAGUAUGCUAGAGUCCUAUUUUGUGAGGGAUGACUUCAGGUGAAUUCCUCAUCUGUAAAUGGAGGAUAGAUAGGGAUGUUGUGAGGGUAAAUUUUGUUUGUGUGGCAUGUCACCAUUGUAUAUAAGUGCCUAAAAGGCAAUACAAUGUAAGACUAUUUCCUACUCAAAUUAAUGCCCCAAUCUUGCAACUGAAUCCAGGCAGGAAACGGUUGGUAGAAUGGGGUCAACAUUUAUAUAAAGGAGGGAAGUGUUUGCUAAACAUUUGCAACUGUCACUCUUGACAGCCUAAUGCUAAAAGUAAUACCAUGGAUUUUUAAAAUAUGUUUUGAAACAUAUACUUGAACAUGUUAAAUAUUUUCAAAACAAUUUGUAUAAAAUUUUGAAAUAUCUAAUCAUAUUUCCACUUAAAAAUUCAAUUGAACUGAUUUUAUAAUGAUUUUCCAUUUUUGUUCUUAGACAUUACUAACAGAUCGGCUAUAACAGAUUGCCUGCAAUGAAGAUCUAUCCAAAGAAUACAAGAGAGUUUUCAUGUGGAAUUACUGAAGUAGAAACCUUUGCUUGUAUCUUUGUUACCCACAGCUUAACAUAAUCAAAAUGUAUGAGAACAAAAGUUCUGGGCCCCUAGCAAAGUAAUCCAAUGUAGAUAUUUCAAUAGUUUUCCUCCUCCACUGGCUGUGGUGGAAAUUAACUGUUUAGGAGUAAAUACUGCACACUCUGAAAUUUACUAGUCAUGAGAGUUGACUUGCUAUAUUUCAUUUACUUCACUACAGUAGCUGGUUCAAAAUAUUGAUUUUUAUACACACACAUCUUCAUUACUGUACUGAAAAAUAAUCACUGCCACUUGGCUGUUAAGUAUCAAAAGAAAAUUAAGCAGUUGCAGAUGUAGUGAAAUGGAUAGUUACUCUCUUGAAACACUGGGAUUCAACCCUAUAUUUAGAAUUUUUGGUUUGUGUGUGAUAAAAUUAAACUGCAAUGUGAUUUUUUUUAUCAUA